AUGCAUCCCCCACCAAUUGCCCUCGACUGGAACAACAUCGGCUUCAAAGUCCGCGAUGGCAACGGCCACGUGGAAUGCCAUUUCUCCCACAGCGGCGACGGAAAAUGGAGUACCCCGCAAUACAUAUCCACGCCUAACCUGAACAUAUCAGGAAUGUCCCCAGCGCUAAACUACGGGCAACAAGUGUACGAAGGCCUCAAAGCCUUCCGCCACCCAGAUGACAAAAAGAUAUCAAUCUUCCGGCCCGACCGCAACGCCCGCCGAAUGCAAUUUUCCGCAGAAGUAGUCUCAAUCCCACCUGUGCCGGAGGACCUCUUCAUAGAAUGCGUCAAGCUAGCAGUCGGGUUGAAUGCUGAAUAUGUUCCUCCGCACGAAUCCGGCGCGGCGAUGUAUAUCCGUCCUUUGCUGUUUGGAUCAUCUGCGCAGCUGGGUCUCAGUCCGCCGGAUGGGUAUACGUUUGCUGUAUUCGCUAUGCCGACUGGUGUUUACCAUGGUGCUAGCGCGGUUGAUGCGUUGAUCCUUGAGGACUUUGAUCGGUGUGCGCCGUUUGGUACUGGGGCUGCGAAGGUUGGGGGGAAUUAUGCGCCUGUUUUGAGACAUAGUGAUCGGGCGCGCAAGGAAGGGUUUGGGAUUACGCUUCAUCUUGAUAGUGCGACGAGGCGGGAGAUUGAUGAGUUUUCGACUAGUGCAUUUAUUGGGGUUAAGAGGGAUGAAGAUGGGGCAGUUACGGUUGUUCAACCGGAUAGUCGCAAUGCGAUUGAUUCUGUGACUGCUGCUUCUGUUUUGGACAUUGCUAGGAAGUUGGGGUAUCAGGUUGAGAAGAGGCGGGUUCUGUAUGAGGAGCUCGGGGAAUUUGAGGAGGUCAUUGCUGCUGGGACUGCCGCUGCCUUAGUUCCUGUUGGAAGUAUUACAAUGAGGUCUCGUCGGGAUAGGUUUAGGUAUCAGACUGGGGCUGAGAAGGAAGGUGGGGAGGUUUGUGUUCAGUUGUUGAAGAUGCUGAGGGGUAUUCAAUCUGGGGUUGUGGAGGAUUCUUUUGGUUGGAACUACGAGGUGCUGCCACCACCCAAGGGAUGGGCAGAUGAGAGUCACGAAAAGAUUGAGGAAAAUGGUGCCAAUGUUCCGUGA